GCAGUGCCCCCUGACCUUGGACAUAUUUGACUUUUAUUUAGACAACGGUUACAUAGAAGGGAAGGAGCUCGAUGAUUUUUUUCACCACCUCCUGGAGAAACUGGGGCCAGAAAACACCGUCACAGAAGAAAAAGUUCAGAGGAUGAAGGAGCAAUUCAUGUCUGCCUACGAUGUCACCACAGAUGGACGCCUGAAAAUCCAAGAGCUUGCAAAUAUGAUCUUGCCAGAUGAUGAGAACUUUCUGCUGCUUUUCCGACGGGAAACUCCCUUGGACAACAGUGUGGAGUUCAUGCGGAUCUGGCGCAGUUACGAUGCUGAUAGCAGUGGAUUUAUUUCAGCUGGCGAGCUCAAAGAUUUCCUGCGAGAUCUCUUUUUGCAGCAUAACAAGCCAGUUGCUGAAGUAAAGCUGGAAGAAUAUACUGAUACCAUG